ACAUGUUCUUAUCAUUUCUAAAAAAUAUGCUCAUGUUCUCUUUGGUCCUUUUCCAGUGAAUGGUGCCUUCUGCUCAGAGAAAGAUGUUGACGCUGAGGACACACUAAUGCGAUGUGGCCAGAACCUGCCACUGCCGAUGGGGGGUCAUUCAGGGGGGACUUACCCCCAGAGCCUCCACUGCGACAGACCGACCCCCGACCUCCAUCUGCAGGACGGCCCUCACCAAGACACAAGAUCCUCCUCUGUCUUCCACAGGACUCUGCCAGGAGCCUCACAUGGACUGAACUGUGGCAGUGCCACCACGGCACGCUCCUCUCUGCCUUACCUAAUCAAACAGGAGAAUUCAAUGGGCUAUAAAACCCCCAGCACAGGGUCAGGGGUUCAUAGCUCAUCUCAGGCCCGUUAUCAGAUUUGUAGAACAGGGGAAGGUUUGGGGGCGCCAAGGGACGUGACAGUCGUAGGUCCACAUGUUAGCAACAACGGCAGUAGCAUAUGUACAGCAGGCGGCGUCGGAAGUGCUGUGUUAAGUGACGCAGUUCAACCGUUUAAUAAUGAAGAUGGCUCCUCCCCACUGGCUUUGUCUCCUACUGGCUCCCAUCAUUCAGCACGGCUGCCCAGUGCGAACAGUCUGAAGAGACGCUGCCUGUCCCUGGCCUCACAGUCUAUUGCUGCUGCUGGAACUGGCAGCGUUGCUGCGACAAGUUCACCAUCAGCUUCUGGCGCCGCUUCCGAGGACAUCAAUAUCACCGCCAUCACCUGCUCCUCCUCCCAGAUGUCGAUGGUGGCCUGUGUCAACGGGUUACGUACUAAUCUCUCACCCAGCCACGCCAGCAGUGCCGGCUUCUCCUCCUCCUCCUCCUCCUCUUCUACAUCCCCACCCUCUAACUCCUGUUCACAAGAAGCCCAACAGAGGCCCCAAGCUCACGGCAGCCCCCAACAAACUACGGGACAGGAGAGCUGUCAGCUGUCCUCACCUGCCUCCUGCCUUUUAUCUCUUUCCUGCUGCUCCACGUCCUCCUCGUCAGUGUCAUCAGUGGAACCAGAGCAGGGCCAGGGGCAGAGCCAGGGGCCGUGUGAGGAGCAGGGGUCCAUGCUGCAGGGGUGUGGAGCUAGAGGAACAGCUGGGGGAGGAGUGGGAGGCUCGGAUGGGCUUGGGAUGUUGAUGAGUGGGGCUCUGAUGUCUGGGUCGCUGACUUCGGGGCCUGAAGCUGGGGUUCUUCUGGAUGGGGGCCAGAAAUCUGGAGCUGUCCUCAAGCAGGAGCCUCUUGAUGACUUCUCUCCCAGUGAAGAUGAACUCUUUCAGCAGCACUAUCACCAUCAUUUAAGUGGUCGUAGUGGGCACCUUCGUCACCCACAUCACCCCCCUCGAUCUGCCAUGCCUCCGCCCUACCACCUGCACCAAUACGUGGGGCCCAGCCCUGGGGGCCUGUUGCACAGCCUGAGCCAGCAAACAGCUUCAGCUUCCUCUCUAGGACACAAACAAACCUCUGGAUGCUCGUCUGGGUCCAUAGUCCCAGAACAGGAGGAGGCCGUUGGAGGUACGCUGGGGGAAAGGCAGGUGUGUCGCUGGAUUGACUGUAGCGCUGCGUAUGAGCAGCAGGAGGAGCUUGUGAGGCAUAUUGAGAAAGUUCACAUCGACCAGCGCAAAGGCGAAGACUUCACCUGUUUCUGGGCUGGCUGCAUUCGCCGAUACAAGCCCUUCAAUGCGCGGUACAAGCUACUCAUUCACAUGAGGGUCCACUCUGGAGAGAAACCCAACAAGUGUAUGUCCUACUCCAGACAGGAGUCUCAGCAGGACAUUGUCCUCGGCGCGGACAUGCCCAUCAGCUCCAUCCAGGCCACCAUCGCCAAGCUCAGCAUCCGCCCGCCCAGCACCACAGACCCGGCCAUGGAGGCCACGGGCGGCCUGGACGAGCAGCAGGAGACGGUCACCGCCAUCGUAUCUGACCUGGACACUCUGGGAGACAUCCAGCUGUUCCAGGAGCCCAGUCCACCUGCAGACACCAGGCCCCCGUCCUCCUUCAGCCCGCCUCUGUCCUCCCCUCCACACUCCCCACCUCCACCCAACGGCCUGGACGUCGCCGCCUGCCCUUCCUCUCCUCCACCCACGAACCACCAGCUGGUCCCAGAGGCCGCCCCCAGCGUUAGUCCUCCGCCAGCCUCGUCGUCUCUGCAGCUGCUUGCCUCACUGACGCCCGAGGCCUUCUCCAUGGAGGGCGGAGGCCGGGGGAAGCAGCGGGUGACCAAGCAGAGCUUCCUGCAACCGGCGGAGGGUCAGGGCCUCCAUGGGACAAGGGAGGAAGAGGGCGGCGACCCGCUAAGUAGCCUGGACCCUCUGUGGAGCCUCAACAAGCGCUGA